GGUGCUGGCGGGCUGGCGGGCGUCCGGGAGGGGAGCCGGCCGGGGACCGGUGGCGCGCGGCGGCCGAGGUCCAGUUGCAGGAGGUGCAUGCCCACCAAUGAGGCAUGCUGAAGCCAGGAGGACUGCAAGAUGAGUGUGCAAGAGGCUGGCAGCUUAGGCCGUCGGCAGCAGGCCGCCUACCACCUGCACAUCUACCCGCAGCUGUCCAGCACUGGGAGCCAGGCCUCAUGCUGCGUGACCGCCACCAAGGAUAGCACAACGACCGAUGUCAUCAGAGAUGCGGUAGCUAGCCUGCACCUAGAUGCUUCAAAGCGCUACGUGCUGGUGGAAGUGAAGGAAUCAGGCGGGGAGGAGUGGGUAUUGGAUGCCAGCGAUUUGCCAGUGCACCGUGUGCUGCUGUGGCCACGACGCGCUCAGGAUGAGCACCCGCAGGAGGAUGGCUACUACUUCGUACUUCAGGAGCGCAAUGCCGAUGGCAGCAUUCAGUACCUGCACAUGCAGCUGCUGGCCCAGCCCACAGCUGCACGGCGCCUGGUGGAGCGUGGGCUGUUGCCGAGGCCUCAAGCCGACUUUGAUGACCUGUGCAACCUGCCAGAGCUGACUGAAGCCAACCUGCUGCAGAACCUGAAGCUGCGCUUCAUGCAGCACAAGAUCUACACAUACGCAGGCAGCAUCCUGGUGGCCAUCAACCCCUUCAAAUUCCUGCCCAUCUACAACCCCAAGUAUGUGAAGAUGUAUGAGAACCAGCAGCUGGGCAAGCUGGAGCCGCAUGUAUUUGCACUGGCUGACGUGGCCUACUACGCUAUGUUGCGCAAGCGCGUGAACCAGUGCAUUGUCAUCUCGGGUGAGAGUGGCUCUGGCAAGACACAGAGCACCAACUUCCUCAUCCACUGCCUCACUGCGCUCAGCCAGAAGGGCUAUGCUAGUGGCGUCGAGAGGACCAUCCUGGGUGCAGGGCCCGUGCUGGAGGCUUUUGGAAACGCCAAGACGGCCCACAACAACAACUCUAGCCGUUUCGGGAAGUUCAUCCAAGUCAACUACCUGGAGAGUGGCAUCGUGAGGGGAGCCGUUGUGGAAAAAUACCUACUUGAAAAGUCUCGCCUGGUUUCCCAAGAGAAGGAUGAGCGGAACUACCACGUGUUUUAUUAUCUGCUGCUGGGUGUCAGUGAGGAGGAGCGCCAGGAAUUCCAGCUGAAGCAGCCGCAAGACUAUUUCUACCUCAAUCAGCAUAACUUGAAUAUUGAAGAUGGAGAAGACCUCAAACAUGACUUUGAAAGGCUUCAGCAGGCCAUGGAGAUGGUGGGCUUCCUACCUGCCACCAAGAAACAGGUCUUCUCCGUCCUCUCAGCCAUCCUGUACCUGGGCAACGUGACUUAUAAGAAGAGAGCUACAGGCCGGGAUGAAGGCUUGGAGGUCGGGCCCCCUGAGGUGUUGGACACCCUGUCCCAGCUCCUGAAGGUAAAGCGGGAGACCCUGGUGGAGGUCCUGACCAAAAGAAAAACAGUGACGGUCAAUGAUAAGCUCAUCCUGCCUUACAGCCUCAGUGAGGCCAUAACUGCCCGGGACUCCAUGGCCAAGUCCCUGUACAGCGCCCUGUUUGACUGGAUCGUGCUGAGGAUCAACCACGCCCUCCUCAACAAGAAGGACAUGGAAGAGGCUGUUUCUUGCUUGUCCAUUGGCGUCCUAGACAUCUUCGGGUUUGAAGACUUUGAACGGAAUAGCUUUGAGCAGUUCUGCAUCAACUAUGCCAAUGAGCAGCUGCAGUACUACUUCACGCAGCACAUCUUCAAGCUGGAGCAGGAGGAGUACCAGGGUGAGGGCAUCUCAUGGCACAACAUCGACUACACUGACAAUGUGGGUUGUAUCCACCUCAUCAGCAAGAAGCCCACUGGCCUCUUCUACCUGCUGGAUGAGGAGAGCAACUUUCCCCAUGCCACCAGCCACACCUUGCUGGCCAAGUUCAAGCAGCAGCACGAGGACAAUAAGUACUUCCUGGGCACACCAGUCCUGGAGCCCGCCUUCAUCAUCCAGCACUUUGCAGGCAGAGUGAAAUACCAGAUCAAGGACUUCCGGGAGAAGAACAUGGACUACAUGCGGCCCGACAUCGUGGCACUACUGAGGGGCAGUGACAGCUCCUAUGUGCGCCAGCUCAUUGGCAUGGACCCAGUAGCUGUGUUCCGCUGGGCUGUGCUUCGGGCCGCCAUCAGGGCCAUGGCUGUUCUGCGGGAGGCUGGGCGUCUGCGUGCGGAGAGAGCUGAGAAGGCAGCAGGUAUAAGUAGCCCUGGCACUCGAAGUCACAUGGAAGAGCUACCAAGAGGAGCCAACACCCCUUCAGAAAAACUGUACCGCGAUUUGCAUAACCAAAUCAUCAAGAGCCUCAAAGGACUGCCAUGGCAGGGCGAGGACCCGCGGAGGCUUCUCCAGUCCCUCAGUCGACUCCAGAAGCCCCGCACCUUCUUCCUGAAGAGUAAAGGUAUCAAACAAAAGCAGAUCAUUCCCAAGAACCUGCUGGAUUCCAAGUCCCUGAGGUUCAUCAUCAGCAUGACACUACACGACCGAACCACCAAGUCUCUGCUGCAUCUGCACAAGAAGAAGAAGCCGCCCAGCAUCAGUGCACAGUUCCAGACAUCUCUUAACAAACUGUUGGAGGCGCUGGGCAAGGCUGAGCCCUUCUUCAUCCGCUGCAUCCGCUCCAAUGCCGAGAAGAAGGAACUUUGUUUUGAUGACGAGCUGGUUCUGCAGCAGCUGCGCUAUACGGGCAUGCUGGAGACCGUGCGCAUCCGGCGCUCUGGCUACAGCGCCAAGUACACCUUCCAGGACUUCACGGAGCAGUUCCAGGUGCUGCUGCCCAAGGACGUCCAGCCCUGCAGGGAGGCCAUCGCUGCCCUGCUGGGAAAGCUGCAGGUGGAUGGCCGGAACUACCAGAUCGGGAGGACGAAGGUCUUCCUGAAGGAGACAGAGCGGCAGGCCCUGCAGGAGAGGCUGCAUGGUGAGGUCCUUCGCAGGAUCCUGCUGCUGCAGAGCUGGUUCCGUAUGGUGCUGGAACGCAGACACUUUUUGCAGAUGAAGAAUGCUGCCCUAGCCAUCCAGGCCUGCUGGCGGUCUUACUGUGUACGCCGGGCGCUGGAGAGGAUGCAGGCUGCUGUGUACCUGCAGGCCACCUGGAGGGGCUACGUGCAGCGGCAGGCCUACCACCGCCAGAGGCAUAGCAUCAUCCGCCUCCAGAGCCUGUGCCGUGGCCACCUGCAGCGCAGGAGCUUUAGCCGGAUGGUGUCAGCGAAGCAGAAGGCAGAGGAGCGAGCCAGGGAAGCUGCAGGAGCAGACACAUCAGAGGGUGGGCUAAGUCCUAUGGCUGCCGGGGAGCAGCUGUCUGAGCAGCCUGUGGAGCAGACCGAGGACCCUGAGAGUCUGCCUGUGGAGGCUGAAACCUGGAUAAAUGACAGGUCCCCGGUUGGUAUGUCCCCACCUAAGAAGGAGGCACCCAGCCUGGAGAAGGGGUACCCAGCCCAAGAAACCGCGACAACCGGAAGUCCUGAGAAAGUCCCCAGCAGCCGGGAGAAGCGGGAAUCACGGCGGCAGCGAGGAUUGGAGCACGUUGAGCUACAGAACAAACACAUCCAGUCCUGCCAGGAGGAGAGCAGCACCCCCAGAGAACCUUCCAGAAGGGCCAGCCUGGAAACAGAGGAGAGCUUCCCUGAGGACACAAAGGGACCCAGGGAGGAUAGACUGCCCUUGGUGCCAUGGACUGAGUCCACAGCCCCCUCUCCGUUAAAGCAGGUGCAGGUUAUGGGAGCCCCACCUGGAAGCUCUGGUCCCAGUCCUGUGCAGAGGCCCACCAGCCUGACCCUAGACAGUAGGGUCAGCCCUAUGAUCUCCAUCAGCACCCCUGAAUCUCCCAAGGAUAAGGGCAAGGGUGCAAAUAACCCCAAGGCUCAGGACAAGCCCGAGAGUCCCGGUGGCUCCACCCAGAUCCAACGAUACCAACACCCAGACACAGAACGCCUGGCCACAGCUGUGGAGAUAUGGCGAGGCAAGAAGCUGGUGGCCACUGCUGGCACCAGUGGCAUGCUGAGCCAAUCCCUGGACCUGAGUGAGAAGCACCGGGCUGCAGGGGCAGCCCUGACUCCCACAGACACUGCAAAUGGUGCUCCUGUUAGACAUAUUACUUCAGCUGAAAUCGAUGGGGAUCUGAGCACAAAGAAGUCAACCAUCCACAAAAAGAAGUCAGGAGAUGUGUCCGCUGGUCCCGAUACAGGCCUGUCUCCAGGCUCCCAGGGUGACUCUAAGUCUGCCUUUAAGCGGCUCUUCUUGCACAAAGCCAAGGAUAAGAAGCCCAGCCUGGAGGGGAUGGAGGAUACAGAGGCCAGUGGAGGGCAGGCCACACAGGAAGCCCCCACCAAGAAGAAUCUAGAAGCACCUGCUAGUCAGCAGCACCGCCACACUGCAGGCGAGAAGCCCCUGAAAGGAAAGAAGAACCGAAACCGAAAGGUUGGCCAGAUCACAGUGUCCGAGAAGUGGCGGCAGUCAGUAUUCCACAAGAUCACCAAUGCCAAUGAGCUCAAGUUUCUGGAUGAGUUUCUCCUCAACAAGGUGAAUGACCUUCGUUCACAGAAGACACCCAUCGAGAGCUUGUUCAUUGAGGCCACCGAGCGUUUCAGGAGCAAUAUUAAGACCAUGUAUUCUGUGCCUAACGGGAAGAUCCAUGUAGGCUACAAGGACCUGAUGGAAAACUACCAGAUCGUUGUCAACAAUCUGGCCACCGAACGUGGGGAGAAGGACACCAACCUGGUCCUCAAUGUCUUCCAGUCCUUGCUGGAUGAGUUCACCCGCAGCUAUACCAAGAUGGACUUUGAGCCAGCCAAGAGCAAAGCCCAGAAGAAGAAGCGGAAGCAGGAGCGUGCCGUCCAGGAGCACAAUGGACAUGUGUUCGCCAGCUACCAAGUGAACAUCCCGCAGUCGUGUGAGCAGUGUCUGUCCUACAUCUGGCUCAUGGACAAGGCUCUGCUGUGCAGUGUGUGCAAGAUGACCUGCCACAAGAAGUGUGUGCACAAGAUUCAGAGCUACUGUUCCUACACGGGAAGGAGGAAGAGUGAGCCGGGUGCUGAGCCAGGCCACUUCGGGGUGUGUGUGGACAGCCUGACCAGCGACAAGGUCUCUGUGCCCAUCGUGCUGGAGAAACUGCUGGAGCACGUGGAGCUGCAUGGGCUGUAUACUGAGGGCCUCUACCGAAAAUCGGGUGCCGCCAACCGGACUCGGGAGCUUCGGCAGGCACUGCAGACAGACCCCGCUGCAGUUAAGCUGGAAGACUUCCCCAUCCACGCCAUCACUGGGGUCCUGAAGCAAUGGCUUCGGGAGCUGCCUGAACCGCUUAUGACUUUUGCCCAGUAUGGAGACUUUCUCAGGGCUGUCGAGCUUCCAGAGAAGCAGGAGCAGCUGGCUGCCAUCUAUGCAGUCCUGGACCACCUGCCCGAGGCCAACCACACCUCUCUGGAGCGACUCAUCUUCCACCUUGUCAAGGUUGCCCUGCUUGAGGAUGUGAACCGCAUGUCUCCAGGAGCUCUAGCCAUCAUCUUUGCGCCCUGUCUGCUGCGCUGCCCUGAUAACUCCGACCCCCUGACCAGCAUGAAGGAUGUACUAAAGAUCACCACGUGUGUGGAGAUGCUCAUCAAAGAACAGAUGAGGAAGUAUAAAACGAAGAUGGAGGAGAUCAACCAGCUGGAGGCAGCUGAGAGCAUUGCAUUCCGCAGGCUCUCCCUGUUGCAACAAAAUGCUCUAUGGCCUAUCAAACUGGGGUUUUCGUCCCCCUAUGAGGGGAUCCGGACCAAAAGCCCUGGGACCCAAGUGGUACAGGAUAGUAGCCUGGAGGAGCUGGAGGCCCUAUCUGAGGAGGCAGCAGGUGGCGAUGAGGACAGAGAAAAGGAGAUUCUCAUGGAGCGGAUCCAGUCCAUCAAGGAAGAGAAGCAAAACAUCACAUACCGGCUGCCUGAGCUGGACCCACGGGGCUCUGAUGAGGAGAAUCUGGACUCAGAGACUUCAGCCAGCACUGAGAGCCUGCUGGAGGAGAGGGUCGCUCAGGGCUCCAUGGAAGGGCCUCCCGCACCUGCUCUCCCUUGCCCCAGUGCGCCCACCCCGAACCCCCUCCCCGUGGCUGCCACCCCUCCACGACGAAGGCCGACAUCCUUCAUCAUGGUCAGAAUGAAGACACCCCGGAGGACCCCUGUCAUGCCCAUGGCCAACAUCAAGCUCCCGCCAGGCCUGCCCUCUCAUGUGACGAGCUGGGCACCUACUCUUCAGGAGGCCGCUGUUCCAGUGAGGCGCAGAGAACCACCCGCCCGCCGACAGGACCAGGUACAUUCUGUAUACGUCACCCCCGAGGCUGGCCUGCCCUUGCAGAGCACCCUGGAACCCCUGGACCACGAUGUCAGACUUCCUGGGGCCAAACGCAGGUACUCGGACCCCCCUACCUACUGCCUGGCCCCCACCUCUGGCCAGGCCAAUGGCUGAGGACCACGAUGGGCAGUCUGUAUGUCCUAGAACCCCAGAUCUGGGUGCCCUGGCUGUGGAGCUGGCCUUGACUCUCUGAGAAGGAUCCAGAAUGAAAGGCUCCCAGAGGGCUGAGAUGGACACUGGCUCUGUGUGUCGUGGAGACCAGGGUCUGAUGGCCAGGAGCCACCAGAGCCCCCAUCUGCACAGCAGUGGCCCUUUAUAUUUUUAGUAACUCUUUCUCUGUUUACAUACCUUUUAUGUCAUAACAGCCUUAAUGGAGGACCAAACUUUUUAUAUGUGUACGUCUGGCUUUUAUAUUAACUCUGUCCACCUCUGUAACCUGGACGUGGGCAUGCCACGCCACACCUGUGAUAUAGACAUGUGGACCACAUCUGGCUGCUGCACUCCACACCAGAGGACAGAGGACUCCUGGGGCAUCUUUUGCCCUCCUGAAUGCCUUCCAGCAGUGGCUGGCUGGCCAGAGAACCUUGCAGCAAUUGUUGGAGCUUUCCACAGGGUCACAGCUAUUGGUUGAAGAUAGGACAGGAGUGGGAAGCCCUGUCAACCUGCAUUCCAGAGAAGCCUGAAUGUAGCCCACAGCUCUGCCCUCUGUGUCUUGGUCCAGGUGCAGGGCACUGCCCUUGGUGCCAUCUGCCCUGUGGGAUGCGAGGAGCCAGGGACUCCUGGCUGUUGAGGGGAUGUUGAGGGGCAGUCAGUGCAUGUCCUGAAGUUCCUCUGCAGCCCUGGGGACACUUUGGGCCCUCUAGAGCCCAGUUCUCUUCUCAGGCCCUCUAACCCUGGACACCUGACCACCAGCCUGAAACCAAGGAAGCCCUGUGGAAGGUGUGAAAUAAAAGUGCUUUAGAAGUGUU